AUGACUACCAAGUGGCUUAGCAAGAGGCUUCAAAACUCUUUGAAAAACAAUCCAAGGUUAAGGAUAAAGGAUAUAAAGGCUAAGGCUCAAAAGAAAUGGAAUGUGGGUGUCAACAAGACCAAGGCUAUAAGGGUAAGAGUUCAGGCUAGAGAUAUGGUUGAUGGCUCUUUUUUGGGAGACUAUGCAAGAAUCCAAGACUAUUGUCAUGAGCUGCUUAGGGCAAACCCAGGAUCCACUGUGAAGCUCAACCUUGAUGCUGUUCCAGAAGGUACAGAAGACCAAAGACCAUAUUUCAGUAGGGUUUAUAUAUGUUUUGCAGCAUGUAAGCGAAGUUUUAAACUGUCUAGACAUGUCAUAGGGCUAGAUGGUUGUUUCUUGAAGGGAUUAUGUGGUGGGCAGAUCCUGGCAGCAAUUGGAAGGGAUCCAAAUGAUCAAAUGCUACCAGUUGCUUUUGCUGUUGUAGAAGGAGAGAAUAGGGAUAGUUGGACUUGGUUUUUGCAACUAUUGAUUGAUGACCUAGGAGGCAGAGAAGAGUGUCUGACUUACACAUUCAUCUCAGACCAACAAAAGGGUCUGCUCCCAGCUAUGGAUGAGCUUUUGCCAAAUGUUGAGCAAAGGUUUUGUGUCAGACACUUGUACAACAACUUCAGAAAAAGAUUUCCAGGGAAGGUCUACAAAGAGUUAAUUUGGAAGGCUGCAAAAUCAACAUAUGUCCAGGCAUUUGGAAGAGAAAUGAGGGCAAUUAAGCAAUUGGAUAAUGAUGCUUUUGUCAACAUGAUGAAGACACCUCCCAGAUGCUGGAGUAGGGCAUUCUUCAAGACAACUAACAAAUGUGACUGUGUGCUUAACAUCAUGUCAGAAUCAUUCAAUAGUGUAAUCCUUGAUUCCAGGUCAAAGCCUUUAGUCAGUAUGCUGGAAGAUAUCAGAAUUUAUUGUAUGGAGAGGUGGGCAACAAAUAGGAUGAGGUUCCAUAAGCUGAGUGAUGAUGUAGUAUUACCAAACAUCAGAAAGAAAGUUGAGAAAACUAGUUGUUUCACCAACUCAUGGAUUGUUAGGAUGUCAGAUGAACAUUACUUUAAAGUUAAAAAUGUUAAAAACCAAGCUGAUAUGUUAGCUGUCAACUUGAAAGACCACAUAUGUUCUCGUAGAAAGUGGGAACUUACUGGAUUGCCAUGUGUUCAUGCCCUAGCAUGUAUGAAAAGUAGAAACUUUAAGUAUGAAGAUUACAUCCCUGAGUGUUUUAGAAAGAGUAGGUACAUUGAAGUAUACAAACCCGUGCUUUAUCCUGUUAAUGGUUCCAAUUUAUGGGUAAAAACACCAUAUCCUGAUGUUAGGCCUCCAAAGCAUAGAAGGAUGCCAGGUAGACCUAAAAAGAAGAGAAAUCGUGAACAAGGUGAGAUUGAUGGCACAGACAGAAAAAUAAGGAGAACAGGGUUGAUUGUUAGAUGCAGCAGGUGUAAGAAGUCUGGUCAUAACAAAAAAACUUGUAAAGUACUAGGGCCUGAUGCUGACACUUCUCAAGUGACUCAGAGUGACACUUCUCAACAAGCUCCACCAAGGUAUGAUGUUGACACUUCUCAAGUGACUGCUACUCAACAAGCUUCUCAAGUGACUCAGAGUUCUCAAGUGACUGCACCAAGACAAGCUAAAGCUUCAAAAGGAAAGGCCCCUCAACAACCAGCUGCUCAGAGUUCUCAAGCUUCCAAAGGAAAGGCUGCUCAACAACCAACUGCUGCUGCAAAGUCAAAGAAUCUGGGUGUCAAAAAGACAACAACUCCAUGGGUGCCACCUGGACCUGCCACCAGAUUAAGUGCAGCAAAAAAUGCCAUUGGUCCAACAACUAGGAGGACUACCCCUACAAAAAGAUCCAAGAAAAUUGUUUAG